GACCCCGCCCCGCGGCCUCGGGCUAUUUUGGGCGCGUUGGCGGCGACGCGGGGAUAGCUGACUGGAGCGGAUCCUGUGACACCUCCCUGCAGCCCGGCACUUGUUGCUCCGGGGACCUGCUGCCUUCCUUGAACCCACCUUUCCCCCUUCCCUCCUUUGCAUGUGAUCUCUCGGGACACUGAUCCCACAGACGCUUCGGUUCCCGGCUUGAGAAAUAGAUCUGAAAACAAUAUUAAUAAUAAUAAGCGCCGCUCUCAAGCGGGGCCCCUGCAGAGCAGGAGCAGGAGCGCUGGCUCGGGCGCCGCAGAGGUGGCGCCUCCCCGGCCCGGGACGCUGGCCCCGGACGCCGACGGCAUGACGGACUCGGCGACAGCUAACGGGGACGACAGGGACCCCGAGAUCGAACUCUUCGUGAAGGCUGGAAUCGAUGGGGAAAGCAUUGGCAACUGUCCCUUCUCUCAGCGUCUCUUUAUGAUCCUCUGGCUGAAAGGAGUUGUGUUCAAUGUCACCACUGUGGAUCUGAAAAGAAAGCCAGCCGACCUGCACAACCUCGCCCCUGGCACCCAUCCGCCCUUCCUGACUUUCAAUGGGGAUGUGAAGACGGACGUCAAUAAGAUCGAGGAAUUCCUGGAGGAGACCUUGACUCCUGAAAAGUACCCCAGACUGGCUGCGAAACACCGGGAAUCCAACACGGCAGGCAUCGACAUCUUCUCCAAGUUCUCUGCCUACAUCAAAAACACAAAGCCGCAAAACAAUGCGGCCCUUGAGAAAGGCCUGACCAAGGCACUGAAGACACUGGAUGACUACCUGAACAGCCCUCUCCCAGAGGAGAUCAAUGCCAACACUUGUGGGGAUGAAGACAAGCGGUCCCGGCGCAAAUUCCUUGACGGGGACGAGCUGACCCUGGCCGACUGCAAUCUGUUGCCCAAACUCCAUGUGGUCAAGAUUGUGGCCAAGAAAUACCGCAACUACGAUUUCCCGGCCGAGAUGACCGGCCUGUCGCGGUACCUCAAGAAUGCCUACGCCCGCGAUGAGUUCACCAACACGUGUGCCGCAGACCAGGAGAUCGAGUCCGCCUACGCGGAUGUCGCCAAGCGCCUCAGCCGGUCCUGAGCUCGGUCGCCUUGCCCCACCGCUGCCGCAGAAGGACUCCGCUUCUCCCAAAGGACUCCGGCCUCACAGACCCACCCCUCUUCCGCGUCGCCUCGGGACACCUUUUUGUAGCCGGUCACAUCUUGCAGGCCGCAUGGAACUCCAGCCUGCUGUCUCUUACGAAGGGCAGAGCCACCCCCAUCUGAUCUUGCAGGAAUCUGCGAGCAGGAAUGAUAGAAAUAGUCAAGCUCUCAACCUUUGGGCCUGGCCUGGGUUCAGUGUAUUUGGGGUCAGUGUGGGGAGAACCCAUGUAAGAGACUGUCGCUGCCCCCCUCUGCCAAUAUCAGAAUCUCUCCUCAGCUGCAUUAGGAAACUGCGACACCGUGUCCUCUUCCGCCUUCCUCUUUGUUGGGAACUCCACCGCCAAGGGCAGACACCAUCUUAGUUCUUAGUAGAAAGAGAAUCUGCUGCGUUUGGGGGACGUGGAGAGAGUGGACGGAGGACAGGCAGGCUGUGGGUUCACGUGGCAGACGCACCUUCAGUCCCUCACAUCAUCCUGACACCUGCUGUCACACUGGGCACUGAGGACCAGGCUGGAAAACCAUUUCAGACAUAGUCCCAGCUUGCUGAGAACAUUGCGAUGGCCUCGGAUAUCUGUCUGACACCACCCUCUGCUUUUACACCGCCCAGGCCUUCUGAGGAACGUAAAUUGGCAAGCAGUUGCAAACCAGAGUGACUGGGAGGACAGGAGGAGCAGCGUUGAUGCCAAAAGGCCCAUGGGGUCUCCUAGCCAUGGAUUUUGCUUGCUUAGGGGUAGUUGUUUUGGUGGAGAUUACGUUUGAUCUGUGAGUGAAUUUUGGUCUUCGAGAAAGCAGGUGGGAGGUGCGGGUAUGGGUGAGGAUAAAGAAGUUCUUUAUCCCUGGCGGUCUAUAGACAGGUCUUCUCUCUUAUGAUCUCCUUAAGUCUUGAAUUGCUGAUGUUAUAGAUCACUACCGAUUUUAGAGCAAAACAAAAAACAAAAAAAACACCCAAAUUGGCCAAAGAGACCAAUCCAGCCUCUUCAAGUCACUCCUGGAUGCAGGUCUUGGGUCUGCUAGCUGGGACGCUCCUGCUGAGUCAGCCGUGGCCUCUGACCAGUGACGGGUACCUCUGGGAGGUGGCAUGAUCAUGGAACACCUUAGGAAGAAAGGCCACGGGCCUUUCUGACUGGGAAACCAUGUGGUGUGAACUUGAAGAAAAAUAUGUGCCCCAUCUGGGCUACUUUUCUUGCCAUCUGACUCACCCACCAGAUGAAAAAAGAAGUUUUUUAGCUGGUAUUUCAGUCCUUGGUCUUUGUCCUUGAGUUUCACCUCCUUCAAAGCUGGAGCCUGGAGACCUGGGCAGAGGAAACCAAGGAAAAUGAGCUAAUUAUCAGCCCCCUGUCCUGGUGAACAUCCUACAAGAAAAGCCACCUGCCACAGGAUAAGGCUCCCAAGUGCCUGGCUUGUUGCUCUGGAAGGGCGGCAGGUCAGCACGGGGCCUUUCCCGGGACACAUUGGCACAUCCUCAACCCGGCAGGCACCGGACUCACCUGCCUCCAGGGAUCUCUGAACAAAGGUGGCCCAGAGAUCUGAGCCCUGAGGAGGAAGCAGGGGCCCUCUUAGCCCACUGAGGAAGAGGAAAUUUCUCAGUAGGACAUUUUAUUAGCCUGAGAGCUUUGCAAGGGCAGGAGGAGUUAAUUCAUUUCCACUCCUAAAGGAGUCUUCCCAGGGACUUCCUGGGAACUUAGUCCUUAGACAUGUUUAAAAAGGAGAAUGGUGAGGAAAUGGCCCUUUUUACUGUAUAGAAAAGCCCCAAACGGGUCUCUUGGGAGAUGAAGUCUUAAAUGAUCCCAGGAGACUUUUAAUUAGCAUAAAUCCUAUUGUCCUUAGAAACCCCUCCUUGAAUUUAGCAACAGAGGCAUGAUAACCUAAGAGGCAGUGUACUUUCCAGAGACCCACAAUGGUGCUGUUCUUGAAGCAGGUCGGUGUUAGUAUGGCCAUCAGGACAGAGAAAACAGGCCACCCGGUUGGGACAGCUCCCCACCAGAGUUGUCUGAUGCUAAUGACUGAUUUGAUAGAAUUCAGCCAUUGGCGAGUCUAUAAAAACAAACAAGCCAAACCAAAUCAACAUUGCUGUUUCUAGAUGUUCCUUCUGUCGUUGACUUAGUUUUACAUAAAUAUUAAGACAUGAGUGGGGGGGCAGUUACAUGAUCAUUUAUAACCAUUUAAAACAGGGGACGGAGUUAUGGAUGGAAAGCACUUCUGAGUACUUGAUUCAGGAAUAUCUUUUUAUUUCAACAGUAGAUUAUUAUAUAAUAUAACUGACUAUUUACUGAGAGCUUUAGUGACUUAGGACCACAUUUAUUAGAAUAUUUUUAAGUAACAAUAAUCUUAUCUUCUGAUUAUUUUUUUCCAAAAGAGAUAUGUCUCCAGAUUCUUCAGCCUUCCUGGGCUUUGGGCCAUAACCUUGUUACAUACACAGCAAAUCAUCUUCCAGCAUCAGUAUGGUGAGGUCCUUAGGUGUCUCCGAAACCAACUCUGGAAGUACUCAAGGUUUGCAGUUUAGAUGCCACAGUUUUAAGACUGGAGGUCACCCUUGUCAUUGGUCUUGAAUGAAUAUUGAUCCCUCAGAAAGCAUUUCAGUGGCAUUUGAAAAGGUUUGGAAUGAGAUCCUAUUCUGUUUUAGAUUUAUUUUUCUCCUUUGAUUUUCAUGUCACUAUUUUAUUUUAUUUUUAUGGGGGAGUGUGGUGGGAGGCAGAGGCAGAAAGGAGAAUCCCAACUCAGAGUAACUGUGUGUAGAAUUUACCCAUCUAUAAGGUUGGACUGCAUCUCAGGAUGGCCCAGAGAGAAGGUAUUGGAUAAGAUUUUAAUAACCUUAUAAGAUGAGCUGCAUAAUUAAAAGCUUGAUUGUUCUAGAGUGUGGUUCCUUCUAUUGUGUGUCUUUAUCCCCUGAUAAGGGAAUUCAAAUGCCUGGACAAUUCAGAAUCACCAGCUAUGAAAAGUGAAAAACCCUUUUAUUUGGUCAUACAAUCUCAGACUGGUUUUAGCUUCCUGGGAAAUGCUGGUGGGGCCAGCAAGGAUCUUCGUCUUCUCCUUAGAAGAAGGCUUCACCAAGAGUGAGGCUUCCUGAGCUGCACAUGCUAGCAUUUAUCAAAUGAAACAACUGAAGCUUUUCAUGACCCCUGUGCCCAGUGGCCACUCUGCGGACAGAGACCACCAGCAUCUUAGAAUUGUUGCAAAAUGGAUCGAGCUUGGAACAGACCCUGAAGAUCGAAUUAAAAAGAGGGAGCGGGUCAGGAGGGUAUGGGUCUAUCCAGUAAGAGUCUUCCAUAGUGAGAAGCCACUGAAGUCUGUGUCUAAAAAUCAAUUGGUCAGAGGCAACAGACCUCCAGUAGGUAUAUCUGACUCACCGCUAUUGCCAAUGGCCAGGAGCCAUUUCGAUAGCAGAAUGAACCAAAAUGCUGAUGUCUCUCUCCUUGGAAAGAUGAAGUAGUUAUUAAGUCAAUACUACAACUAAGUUCACUGAUUCCCAAGGGAUCACUUCCUUCAUUUUUGAUAUGCCAUUGAAAAGAAUUGUAAAGAAAUACGCAUGUGGAACAUCCUAGACCCGAACAUCUUUGGGCUUGGAGCCCUUUCUGCAGACAAGACCAUUGUCUUCUGUCCAGUGCUUUUUAGCUUUCAAACCAAGGAACACGUGCCCCUUUCACGAAUGCAUAUUCCUCUGCCUUUGCCAGUAUUCUUCUCCCAGCUUAGUUUCAGGACGCUUUCUUUUCAACAUUAAGUAUGAUCCAAAGUGUGCAUAAUUUAAUGUCACUUGAGGAAUUAGAUCCAAUGUUCCCCUUACCAACCAAAAAUAAAAUGAAAGGUUGCCUCACUAUAGGGUUUGGGCUAAUCUGUGUUUCGAUAAAAGCAAUCUGUUUGGUUUUUUUUUUAUGAAAAACAUAGUUUUAAGGGUCUAAUUAUCUAUGAUAUUUUAUGUGUAGUUAGAGGUUUCAUAAUAACAAUUAUACUUAGACUUAAAAUAUACAAUAUCUAGCUGAUGUUUAAAUUUGUCUUCCUUCUUGAUUUCCUGUUUUUCCCAUUCAAAAAGCUGGGGUUUAACUAAUUUAUCAAAAGAUGCCUAGCUUCUAUAAAAGAACAAACAUUUCAUUUUAGAAGGACACUCCAAAUGAUGGUCACUUGCUUUCCUCAAGACCUUGAACUGUGGUGAUAAAAUAGCAGGACAUGCUUUCAAGCCUUAAUAAAUAUAAGUUGCCUUUUAAUGAAGAUCUUGCUGAAUGUUUUCUUCAUGAAUCUGAAGCCGUUAUACAUUUGUUUUCCAGUGUUGAUUGGUAAUGACUGAUUCAAAUAAAGUUGGUUUAUUUUCAAAUAUUACAAAA